UUCUAUUUAUGUAUUGUUGCAUUCUACAUAACGAGUCAGUGAUUUAAUGUGUAUUUGCCCCAAUGGGUUUUCUGUCUAGAGGAAAACAAAUAUAGAUAUAAAAAACAGAACCCGGAACCCGGAAAUCUCCGCACCCGACCUUUUGUUAUUAGUAGUCCGGUAAAUAAAUCGAGCCAACCCAUGUCCGUUGGAAAGCGGCGUUAGAAAUCUGAGCAGGAAGGCGUAACUUCGUGUUUUGAGUAGCGAAUGGACAAAAAACAUGGAGGAUCAGCGGGAUGUUCAAACUUCCAAACGACACCACAGCUACAAAUCUGUAUUAUCUGGCGGUUCUGCCAUGGCUAUGGAGAUUAAACGAAAGAAAAUACGACAAAGCUCUCUAUUCCUACAAAAAGAGAAUACAAACAUACAAGAGAAGCUUGACUUUGAGAUGAGAAUGCGUGAAGGGGCGUACAAGCUGCUGCUGGCUUGCAGUAAAAGGAAACAAGUUCUGAACGCCUCCAAGAACCUGCUGACCUGCAAUGCCAGGAUCAAGGCUUAUCUCGCCCAGCUGCAGCGGAAAAAAGGGGAGCAGGACAUGAUGGGAGCAGGAGGAAGACUUGCAGAUGGUCAUUCGCCAUGUUCUGGGACCAUUGCAGUUACUGGCCUGCGUUUUCCUUUGAUGUGGAGGGAUUCAGACCAUUUUAAUAACAGAGGAAGCUCCCGUCGGGUGGCGGUGUUCUGUCUGAUGCAGAUCGGCUCUGAGGUGUUUGACACUGACAUGGUUGUGGUGGACAGAUCUGUCACUGACAUCUGCUUUGAGGGACUCAUUCACUUCAAUGAGGUAGUUCCUACGUUUGAGCUGAAGGUGGAGCUGUGGAGCUGUUCCCUGGAGGAAGAGCUCAUUUUGUCAAACACACCAAAGAAACUUGCAAAGAAGCUCCGUAACUCCUUGGGAAAGAGUGCCGGAAAGAAGCUCUGCUCCCUGCUGGACAUUCCAGAUCCUGACACCUUCCUGCAGGACUACCCAAUACCCUCAGGAGCCAAGUAUAGCCUGCUGGCCUACACAACACUGGGUCUGCCUGAUGCUGAUAACAGCUUUCAGUCUCAUUCCCUCAUUGUCUACCAAGACGCUGAGUGGUCCUCUUGGCUUCCACUUUACGGCAACCUGUGCUGCUGGCUAGUGGCACAGCCGGCCUGCAUGACACAGAACACGAUGAGCGGCUAUUUGAGUCAGAAGCACAACGUGGAAGGAGUGAACCGUUGCUGCAAUCUUUACUGUGUGCUGAGCGCUGGCUUUUUGUCCUGCUACUUCACCCCAGAAGAAAUCGAUGCUAAAGUGCAGCCCACUCUUAAUGUGCCAAUCAAUAAUGAGACCCGGAUUUGUGUGUUGGACAAACAGUCAGGCUGUCGGAAAUCCAAGAGUUUGUCCAUCGUCAACCCUUCGCCUGAGGGACCUCAGAACGUUGUGUUCACUGCCGACUCCAGGGAGGAGCUGGAGGAAUGGAUAGACUCCCUCCACCAGCACCUCUAUGACCAAAGCCAGUGGCUUCACUGCUGCGACCGGCUAAUGAAAAUUGAGGUCGCAUCACCACGGAAACCAUCCCUUUUCCUCGCCAAGCAGGCCGACUCUGUUUACAACGACCUCAGUAUAAAUUCACCCAGUAAGUUUGAGAGCAUUACAGACAUAAUCCACAGUAAAAUUGAAGAGACAGAUGGCCGCUUCCUUAUUGGGCAAGAGGAGAAUAAGGAGGCCCCUAACUGGUCCUCUCUGUUUAAUGGGUCCCAUUCAGUGGUGGUGGAGAAGAGUUUUCUGUCCCAGAGCAAAACCUCCACCCCCUGUUCAAGCCCCAACCCCAACACCAGCUCCACACCCCUCAGCAACAAAAAGCGACGUGCUCCGCCCCCUCCUUCUGAUGUAAAGCCUUAUGGGGACCUUACCCGUCCAGCCAGACCUCCCCUCCCUCCUUCUCUGCAUCAUCAGCCUACUCCUUCAAACCAGGAGAAGGAGAACUCCGCUACUUGCAUUUCACGUCCAGCUACAAGGUCCAAAACGGGCAGACCAUCUCUAGAUGCCAAGUUCUCUGCCAUCAUCCAGCAGCUCCAGCGAAACAACCAUGGAGGCGCAGCAGCUCUAAACCGAAAGAAUGCUCCCCUGGCCGUCCUCGAUGUGCACCCACAGGGUCCGCCUCAGUUUUCACUACGGCAGUCAGAUGACCAAAACCACAAUCUCCAGAUGCCCGAGGAUGCAGCUGAUCCUGUGUUUGUCCGAGCCUGCAGUGGUCCUGGUACCGGUCCUGUUCCUGCACCGCGCAGCAAACUGAGGAAGUCGUUCAGAGAGAGGAUGAAUCUCAAAGUUUUGUAAUCUCAACCUUUUCCAAAUCUUUUGCACACACUCAACAUCAGCAUGAAUGUGAUAUUGAGUGGUGGUUUUAAACGAUUCAUUUGAACAGUUCUUUUUUUCCAAGAUUAACUUGUAGUGUACAAAACUUGAGUGAUUUUUAGGGAAAGAAUUGGAUUCACAAUUGUAUAUAUUAUUAGUUUUCUCUACUAUAUGCAGGCUAAAAUAUAUAGACACCUCACUAAUAUUUGAAUAAAUAUGCGUAAUACGUUGCUGAGAAAACACAAAUCAUGAGCAAUGUUCCAGCAUAAUUCUGGCUGGAGGUUUGAUGAUUCCUUAUCAGAGGGCCACACGUUGACAAAAGGAUUGGGUUUAGGAUUUUUUGACCUUUUAUGUUAGCUUGGUUUCUCUAUUCUAAAACUGGUUUCGACAUCUUCCUGCAAUCAUCGUUGGAACACCCAGCCGUACAUUUCAUUCUUCUUCAUUGUUCAUUCCAUCCCAUGCAAAGCACCCAUAUCAAUUGCAGGGCUACAGUCGCUCAGCAUGAUGCUGCCUCCAUCAUGUUUCACAGUUGUCAGUGUUCUUGCAUUUUAAAGCCUUACCAUAACUCCUCAAAACAUUCUUCCUGUCAUUGUGGCCAAAUAUGUCUUUGCCACCUAAUAUGAAACUUCUCUGAAGGGUUUUCUUGGUCACUACCCUCUCAGUCCAUGUUGAUGUAAGACUAGAUUCGUUGUUAACAGUGACACUAGAUUUUUAACAUUUUCUAGUUUCUGAGUCUUGGUGGUUGAUGAGUUGUUCCUAAACAUCCUCCAAUUUCUUUUCAUCUGAAGGUGACGUUUAGGUCGGAUAGUUUUAAAUUUGUUGCUUCACAAAAAUGUUUUGAGUCGAGAUGAAGAGCACUGAAAAAUAGAAACUGUCAAGCAUGGUGGUGGAAGGAUCAUGCUGAGGGUUCAUAUCCCUGCCACUGGUAUUGGUGCAGUUCACAUAGUGGACACGACUGGAUAUUCAAACAGGAUGAUAUUCCUAAAUACAAAUUAAAAUUAGAUUUAGAAAUGAGAAAGUGAGCCAACAUUAUGCUUUUGGAUAUAAGCUAAGCUAAUCAGCUAAACCAAUUCUGCUUUGAAGAGUGGUCAAAUAUCCUGCCAGAAUUAUGUCACAAGCUUGUUUAAUGGCUACAAAAACAAGUGGUUGAGGUGCAACUUGCUAGCCUUUAACCAGAUAUUAGUUGGGGUCUAUGUAUAUAGGAGUCUAAAUGGACUAGGGGAAGUUUACAAUAGAUUCCAACUUGUUGGAAUGUUCCAAUAUUGUUUUCAAAAAUCAUUUAAGUAGUAUUUUAUAUCAAUAUUUCAGCAAGAACGGUUGAAAUGCCUCAUGAGUAGUUUAAAUUUCUGAUCAAAUUAAUGCCCAUGAUCACUGCAUGUGAACUUGUAGGUAGAAAUGUAUUUGUUCAAAUGUGUGUCUGUAGCUGAUCACUAGCACUAAUUGUGAUGUAACCACUUUAUCUGAUUCAAGCAACAUUGUUGAAAUCAGAAACCUUAAUUGUAUUGAUUUGAAAGACUAUUUGCUAUGAUGUGCUCAUCACCCAUUAACGGUAAACUUGGAAGUACUUUUUCUCAAAUAGCAUGAGUUAAAACUCCAUAUGGUGUGUUUACAGUGUACUGUCAAGAAUAACCACGUUCAUCUUCACAAAACUUAAUAAAGAAAGUAGGCUACCCAAUUAUUUUAGGUAACAUUUGAAACAGCUAAAAUGGAAAGGCUUGUUUCUUUCCUUCAGCUGUAGAACAUGAACUGAAAAAAAAACAAAUGUAGUAAAUGCACUUAAAUUUAAGUCCAUCCAUUCGGGUAACAGCGGACAAGCCAUUGCUUUUAGAGCUAUUGACAUAUUCAAUUUACUGUGACGACUUUAUGACCACCACUGCUCAUUUUAAAGAAACGCAAUUGCGAGCCGUAAUGUGACUUCUCCAUUCCCCCUCAAGGUUUUUAAUAGAAUAACCUUGUUUUUUAGUGGCUGCCCAGUACAUCUAACAUAAUUUUAACAUAGCAGCCAAUAAAUGCUCUGAAUAUAAUUGAAUGAAUGGGCAUUUUGAGUGGCCUGAAUAAUGAAUGUUCUUGUGUACUUGUUUUGAACAUGCCUCAUACUGCAAGCCCUUAAGUAUUUCAGCCGUUUAAUGGCAUUGUGCUGAAGAAUGGUCAUCGUAAUUACAUGCAGAGUACAAAACAUUGCUUUGGCUGAAAUUACCUGAAGAGAUGGGGCAGUAUGAGGAAAGCUACAGUAACUACAGUUCUGUUAUCCUACAAGUUCACUUGAAUUCUCCAGAAAGCUUUGGAAGAGAAAAGGGAAUAUUUAAUAUUUAUCAGUGUGCCAGAUGUAUGUUAUGCUUGCUGUAAAUCACUUGGUUUCUGGGCCGUACAUUCUUGGAAAACAAUCAUUUUUACAUUCCUUCAGAAUCUUCUUGGCCAUGUUCCCUUGGUACAGAAGAAAGACAGAAAAGUGCAGCUUUGCAGGUUUGUGCAGUGAUAGAAAUUGUUGCACAUGGAACAGGAGUACUGGAACGCUGAAUAUAUGGUUGAUUAAGGUGAAAAGGAACACAGCUAAUUAAAAAAAGUGUUGAAACAUGUUUAAUCGCUGCAAUAAAAGUGGAUAUUUUUGUUUUUCUUAUUUGACUGAAAUGUUUUUUUAUAGAUGUUAUUUUGUCUCUUUUUGUAUCAGCAUCUAGUAAAACUUUAAUCUUGCAUUAGUAGUGUAUAGUUUUAAUGCAAUGUAAAAUUAUAUAUAAAUCUCACUGUUGUCUUUUAAGCUAAAAGUGUUUUUUGUUUUUUUUACUGCUGAUCUGCAAUAAAAUUACCUACGUUCCACCCUG